UUAUAGUUUGGUUGCAGUGCACCCAUGUGGGUCCAGUAUUGAUUUGAUGCUUCAGAAAGUUGUGUCUUUACCUCCGUCUACAGCUAUCGUUCACUUUCGAAACGCUGCUUGUCGCGUUUCACCAUGUCUUCGUCAUUUUUUAUAAAGACCAAACAAAACCCCAAAUUUGUCAAAAAGGGGAAAAAUACAGAAGCUCCGAAACGAAAGGGUGAUGGGGACUCGGGUGGGAAGAGCAAAGUACGAGUGAAGAAAGUCACCUCCAAAUACAACGAAGAGAUUUCCAGCGACUCCGACACAGAGAGUCCUGUAGUGCCCAAGAAAAGGCAGUCCAAGGAAGAGAAUGAGUAUGAGGAAACGCCGCAGGAGAAGAAACUUAGAUUAGCCAAAGUUUACCUCGACCAGCUGAAGGAAGAAGAGGAAAAGAAAGCAGAAGAUGAUUCAUUUGAGACUGAUCUGAUUGCUGGAAGACUUCAAGAAGAAGUGCUUGAACAAAAAGGAAAGCUUCAGCGACUUAUUGCCAAAGAUCUCAUGCCGCCAGACGCUUCAGAGAUCAGAGUGUUAAGGGGACACAAACUUCCAAUCACCUGUCUGGUCAUCACCUCUGAUGACAAGUACAUCUUUUCUGCUGCCAAAGACUGCUCCAUCAUUAAAUGGGAUGUUGAGAGUGGGAAGAAACUGCACACAAUACCUGGUGGAAGGAAAGGCACGGAGGACCGCCAUGUUGGACAUACAGCCCACAUCCUGUGUAUAUCAGUAUCGUCAGAUGGGAAAUACUUGGCUACUGGAGACAUGAACAAACUGAUCAUGAUCUGGGAGGGAGAAACAUGUAAACACCUAUAUAAAUUCACAGGACACAAAGGGCCCGUGUCGGGUCUUUCAUUCAGGAAGGGCACUCAUGAUCUGUACAGCGCCUCUCAUGAUCGCUCCAUAAAGGUGUGGAAUGUGGACGAGAAUGCAUAUGUGGAAACUCUCUUUGGGCAUCAGGACGCCAUCACAGGACUGGACAGCCUGAGCCGUGAGCGCUGUGUGACCGCAGGAGGAAGGGACCGAUCAGUGAGGGUGUGGAAGAUAGCCGAGGAAUCUCAGCUGGUGUUCCACGGCCACGAGGGUUCCAUUGAUUGUAUCCAGCUCAUAAACGAGGAGCAUAUGAUAACAGGAGCUGAUGAUGGCUCCGUGUCUCUUUGGAGUGUCAACAAGAAGAAGCCUCUCAGCACAGUGAAGCAGGCGCACGGUUGCCAUGGCGAUGCAGGGAUUGAGCAGCCUCAUUGGGUGUCUUCCGUAGCGGCGCUUCAGAACUCUGAUACCGUCGCCUCAGGUGCCUCUGGCUGUUCACACAACUCACAGGUGCAGCUGUGGAAGUGUGGCCAGUAUUACCGUGGGCUGGAGCCUCUAUUCAGCAUACCAGUGUGCGGGUUUGUCAACAGUCUGAAGUUUUCGAGCUCCGGUCAGUUUAUGGUGGCAGGAGUCGGACAGGAGCACAGGCUGGGCCGAUGGUGGAGAAUAAAAGAGGCCAAGAAUGGGAUCUAUGUUAUUCCUCUUAAAAGGAAACCUCCUAACCCAGAGGAAGCCAAGAUAACCGAAUAGUGGACUUUACGUUAAGUGUCUUAUUUUGUAAAUUAAAGGUUUAAAAACUG